AUGGCGUCCCUACUCAAGACCGCCCUCGCGCUCCCUCUUUUCUCGGCACUCGCCCAAGCUGCCUUCGUACCCGCUCCCACCGACCUCACGGAGACCACGGGCUACUACAACCAGACAGUCCGGUACAAGCAAGUUCCAGAAGGCAUCUGUGAGCUUACGCCAGGCGUGAAGUCUUACAGCGGAUAUGUGGACAUUGAAGAGCACCAGCACAUCUUCUGGUGGUUCUUCGAAGCCCGCGAUGUCGAUCCCUCAACUGCUCCGUUAACUGUGUGGAUCAAUGGCGGGCCUGGGUCAAGCAGUAUGAUCGGUCUGUUCCAAGAACUCGGCCCUUGCGGUGUGGACUCGAAUGGCGAGGUCUUCAGCCGGGAGUACGCCUGGAACAAUGUUUCCAACAUGCUGUUCAUUGAUCAGCCUGCACAGACGGGCUUCUCCUACUCGAUCCCGGUUCCUGGCUACAUCGGCUUGAGCUCCCAGCUAGUGCUUCUCGAGGAGGACGUAUGUCCGCACUACGCUCAUGGCUGCCAGACCUACUCCUACCCCAGCCCGUUGUACACAGUCAAUUCGACCCAGAAUGCGGCACCUGGGAUGUGGAAGACAUUGCAAGGCUUCAUGGGAGCUUUUCCACAGUACUCCAGGAACGGGUUUCACUUUGCUACUGAGUCCUACGGCGGCCACUACGGUCCUGUCUUCAACGAAUACAUUGAAACCCAAAACGCCCUCAUAGAUAGCGGCUGCCUUCCCAACGCCCACCGCAUCCAGCUCGAAUCGGUCCUCAUCGGCAACGGCUGGUUCGACCCCCUCAUCCAAUACGAAGCCUUCUACAACUACACUGUCAACCCGGGCAACACCUACGGCCUUACGCUCCCCAACGGCCGCGUGCGAAACCAAAUGUACAACGGCAUGUACGGCCGCGGCAAUUGCUACGACCAGACGAUCCAGUGCCGUCGAUCGGGUCGCAACGAUGUCUGCGCGAAAGCGGACAAUUUCUGCUAUUUGAUUGUCGAGUAUGUGCUCGAUGUCGCGUUGGGGCGGGACGAGUAUGAUGUGAGGGAGCUGAUGCCGGAUCCGUUCCCGCCGACUUUCUACGUGGAUUAUCUGAACACCCCGAAGGUGCAGCAGGCCAUUGGGGCGUAUGUGAAUUUCUCUGAGGGCUCAAGUUUGGGUGGAGGGUUUAGCAACACCGGAGAUGACGACCGCCUGCAGGGGGCUGUGAAGGAUAGUAAGAAGUUGGUGGACCAGGGCAUUUACAUGGUGCAGUUUAAUGGUGAUGCUGACUACGUCUGCAACUGGAUCGGCAACGAAGUCGUCGCCGAAAACAUCAACGCCCCCGGCUUCACCUCCGCCGGCUACGCCAACAUCAGCACCUCCGACGACAUCGUGCACGGCGUCUCGAAGCAAAGCGACAACUUCGCGUUCGUCCGCAUCUACGAAGCCGGUCACGAAGUGCCCUUCUACCAGCCCGUCGUCGCGCUCGAGAUGUUCCAGCGCGUGAUCAACGGCUAUGACGUUGCAACCGGCAAGACCAAGAUCAAACAAGGAGCUGGGUUCAUGACCGAGGGGCCGGCGGAGAGCACGUUCCGCGAAGGCAAUGGGACGGUGCAGUAUGAGGUGGUGCCGACAAAUGCGACGUUCAACACCACGACGAACGAGCCGAAUUCGGUAGGCAAUAGCACAAGGAGCGCGGGCAAACUGCGGAAGAGGCAGAGGAAUUGGAUACCGAAGCCUGCUGGUUUCAAGCGGGAGUACACGGCCGAGUUCAACGGCCUAUGA